AGCUGGAGCUCUGUUCGAGGAUGGUGGCGCGCGGGAUGGUGGAAGGAGCCUGUCAUGGCCCAGCGCUUUGCGCCUGCUGCACAAUCGGUACCGAGUACGGUGUAGAGCGAGGCUCCAGCUCCAAGCCCCAGGCUGCACCUUUCGGAGCUCGUAGGGGCGUAAUUUCAAACUCGCAUCUUUCCUUCGUCCCUCUCGAGCUCGGAAUCUCUGACCUUGAAACUCCCAUCGCUCCGAUUCCCUGGUCGCCUCUUCGCCGCUGCUUCGCUGGUUCCCUCGAUCCCUCCGCUCCCCUCGGCGACGUCGCUUCAACAAACCCUCCGCGUCCUCCUCGCCAGGACUUCGCCUCAUUGCUUGCGCGGACAGCUUCAACCACCCCAAUUCAAAUGACAAUCCACUUCUAGGAUGCCUCCCCGAUCGGCCGACAUCCGCCAGCGGCGCAUCAUCCAGCUGUCCGAGCAGUGGGCAAUCCAGCUCCCGGCAGCUCCAGCGCCGCUCACACGACCCCAGAACCCGCCCUCGUUCCGCUCCCUCAAUGACGACCAAACAGCUGAAGAUCUAUUGGUGAGGCGAUCUGCCGAAAUCGCCCAGCUGCGGCCCAAGACCGGGCUGUCUCGAGCAUUCUCCUCGAGUAAUUUGAAAAAAGGCAAAGGCUAUGAGCCAAAGGACAUCCUCGACGUCCUAAACCAAUGGGUCAGCAAUUGUGGCUCGCCCGGUGUGGCCGAGGCGCUCAUUGCCAAGCUGGCUUCCUCGGGUGUUGACAUUCACGGAAUGCAAACGGGAAAAUCGGGACUUUUGGCUAGAAGACGAAGUGUCGAAAACGUUGGCGACAGAACUCGCUUGCUCAAGGUCGCCGUUGAGCGCGGGCAGCUGGAGAUGGUCCAGGUCUUGAUUCCUCACGCCGACCCGUUUACCCUCGACAACUGCCUCCCGGUGGCAAUCAAGAGCGGAAAUACCCCAAUCGUCGAACUCCUGCUGAAAUACGGCGCCAAUGCAGCCCAAACACCGGAGGGGCAGGACGCCUUUCGCCAGGCCUGUGUCGCCCAGGGAUUAUCCAGCAUGGUCGCUCUCCUUCUCCAGUCUGAUGGCAGACCUUCGCCGUUGUGUGUGUCUCAGGCUCUGAGCGACGCAGCGAGGGCGCAAUGUCUAGGGACCGUGCUACACCUCACACGUUCCACCGCCGAUGGGAACUACAACCGAGCCGAAGCCCUCAAAAUUGCAGUUAAUAGUGGGCGCCGAGACAUUGCCAUCGCCAUUGCCAUGGGAAAUAAGCCUCCGCUAAGUCCCGGGCUUGAGGAGGCUUUUCAGCUAAUAAUGGAACACAUCUCACUCAGCCCGACCACAAAGUUGGAGAUUGCAGAGCUCUUACUGUGCUGCGGCGCCCAGGGUGACAUUCUCUCACGGUCCCUCGAAUUAGCAUGUGCCUCUCAAUUUUUCGAAAUGGCUAGUCUUCUCGCGUCUUACGGCGUUUCGGUCGAAUUCAACGAUGCCUCCGUUCUCAAAACUGCAAUUUCGAGAGGCCAGUCUGAGCUUGUCGGUUCCUUGCUAAACGAGAACUCGACAAUCAAGCCCGCAUUAGCCUCUAGCUGCCUGAAUCUGAUUCCCCGGCAAGCACCAUUCGAAACCAGAUAUGCGCUACUAUAUCUCUUGCUCAGAAAGGGAGCUGGUGGUCCCGCAUUGGAUGAAUGCCUCAUCCAUGCUGUCCAAUCUGGUGAUGUCCAGUCUGUCGACCUUGUUCUCUCGCCUCAUUUUCCCGACCCACAGUCCUCUCGUCGAGAUUCGAUCAAUCAACGGCGGUCUCGUGUUAAUAAUCGCCAUGCUGUUGCAUCGCCUGAUCACAGAAAUGGGGAGGCUCUGCGAACAGCAGUUGUGCGAGGAGAUGCGGACAUGACUGCCAAGAUCCUUGCUGCCAAACCUUCCCCCGAGACGCUGACGCUCGUCUUUCCUUUGACCAGGACUCUGUCUACCGUGGAUCGAUACCGGAUGAUUGAGCUCUUUCUUAAAGGCGCGUUAUCGGGCCAAUGCCUUCAUGCAGCCCUUCAAGACGCCAUCAACGAGGACAUAUCUCAGCGUGACGAUGCUUUAAUUCGCCUCCUUUUGAAGCACAACGCGGACAUCAACUAUAAUCAAGGCGCGGGGCUUCACGCUGUCAUAUUGCAAAAAGACAUCAAUCUGUUGUCCCUGCUGAUCCAAAAGGCUUCUCCUCAAACAGCAGCUGCGCGGUUAGCUGAUGUCCUGAAAGCGGACGAUCACCGCGCGCGUUAUGACAUGACAGCAAUUCUCUUUGGUGCAGGCGCGAGCAUCGGAGUCACAGAGGUAGCAACAGGCUUGCAAGCAACGCUAUCGGAGAGGCCAGUCGACAUGUCACUCUUGCGACUCAUUUUGCAGCAAGGGAAAGCCGACAUCAAUGCCCUUGAUGGAGCAAUCGUGACAAAAGCAGUCCAAAACCCCGACCCCAAGGUACUUGAGCUAGUGUUAAGCAUCGGGAAACCAUCUGGAGAUACCAUCAAUCGCUGUUUUGACGAAUUAGGACCUUUGGCCUCUACAGACAACAAGACGUGGAAACUCAGCAUGAUUCGAUCCAAGUCAACGAGAAAGGGAGACAUGAGUGGAAUGCUUGUGCAUGAAGUACAGUCUCUCCUUCGAGACACCACCAAACAAGCAACAAUCUCCACUCUGAAGCAGCUGCUCGACUUUGGCGCUGACCCUAACGCGUAUCAAGCCGCGGCUUUGUGCCAUGUUGUGACAGCAGCAAAUACUCCUCUCUGCGACCUACUAUUCAAUUGCCAGCAUCCCUUGACCCCUGCUUCGUUGGCAUCAGCGCUACCACACGCGCUGCGAAUCUCAGAUGCGAUGGAUCGGUUGACAUUUGCAAAGAGAUUGGUCGAAGCUGGUGCCUUUCCCCUCGAGGUAAACAGAGCAUUGAGCCAUGCCAUUAGCACCUACUCCAGCGAUGUAGCUCUCAUCAACGUCCUGGCAAGUGCAGCGGAUGCCUCGGAUGGAGAGGCUCUGGCUCUUUCGGUGUCAAAGGAAUCACCCGAAAUCUUGAGCAUGCUGCUUUCUCAGACGAAGCAUUCAGUCGAAAACAGAAAUGCCGCUAUGGAAAAUGCCAUGAAGAUUGCAGACUGGACGCCUAGACUUGCCGUUUGCACUCGACUGGCUAAAGCCGGAGUGUCUCCCCAGGUCGCCUCAAAUGCUUUGCUAAUCGCAGCUCGAGACGGUGACUUGGAGCUCGGAGACAUUCUCAUAGCCCACGGUGCCAGUAUUUCGACCAACGACGGCCAAGCGAUUAUCGAGGCCUGCCGUGGUGGCUCUGUGGAGGUUCUAGAUGUUCUUCUCAAGUCGGAUCUGAACGCCCAAAAGACGACCUUGGAGCGAGGUUUCCAGGCCGCGACAGAGGUCCGGGAUCUGAACAAGCGAGCCAUGGUAUUCCAGCGACUUUUAAAAAGAGGCGUUUCGGGCGAAGUCGUUGACUCUCAGCUGGUGUCAGCCGCAAGAUACGGGGAGGGUGGCCAAGAAGUCCUUAGGGUGUUGCUAGCUGCAGGGGCAGAUCCUAAUUUUAGCAAUGGCGAAGCAGUGGUUGCGACGACUAGGAGCGCCUUCGUUGGGAACCUUGAGUUGCUUCUUGGUCUUUGGCAUAAAGGCGGGAACCAGAAGAAGCCUUCGGCCCCAACACUCUUAAGGUCGCUCAAAGCAUGUUGGAAACUCAACCAAGAUAUUCGAUAUCAGAUCAUCGAAGACCUGAUGAAGGCCGGAAUGCCAGCCACCGAAGAGGUUCACAUCGCCUUGAGCAAGGCCGUUACUGAGGAUGAGCCUGAUGUGCGCCUCAUCAAGCUCUUGCUCGACAGCGGGGCAUCUCCAUUAACGAACGGAUGCCAGACCUUGCUUUCAGCAACCCAGCGAGUUGAAGCCUCAGUCCUGAAACUAAUACUAGAACGAGAGAUUCCUGAGGAUGACAUUAAUCACGUCUUCUCCAAGGGGUUCACGGCCGAAAAUUUCCAGAAAUGGUUCACUCCAGAUGGCUUGGAGGUGGCGCAGAUGCUUCUGGAUAAAGGCGCGAAGGGCGAUGCCCUUAGUGGUUCAUUGAUUCUUGCGAUUCAAAAUAGUGACGAGGAAACAGCCGCGCUUACGGAUUUGUUCAUUGACCUUCUCGUUGCUCAUGGGGCGGACGUCGAUUUUAUGGAUGGCGAGCCGCUCAAGCAGGCCGCUUCGAAAGCCAACGUAUCCUGGACCAAAAAGCUUCUCGCCUGUCACCCUUCACCCCGGACACUUGCGAUUGGCUUCGAUCACAUCUUCGAUAGUGCCAUGUCAGAAGAUGAGGCGCUGGAACUCUUCAAACUAUUCACCGAGUACCAGGAAGGCGAGGUGCGCAUGGACGUCAUGGCUCGGAACCCUGGAUCUGAGCCAGUUCUUGUGAGAGCCAUUUCACAGUACCCAAGAUCAAAGACUGUCCUUGAGGCGCUUUUAGAUGCGGGCUAUUACCACGAUCAGACUACCUUGUACCGUGUUCUUCCCGACAUGGAGGAAUCAGAAGAGGUGACGCUGCUGGUUUGGGCCAUUGCUCAACCUCAGAAGAGGGUUAGCAGCUCUCUGAUCGAGUUGCUCAUCGAUCGUGGAGCCAAUAUCAAUUUUGAGACAUCUACCAGCCGGUCAACACCGCUCAUGCUCGCAAUCCAGACCCGCCGGCCAGAUGUGGUCAAGAUGCUUCUUCUUGACGGAGCUGAAGUUGAUGUCACUGAUGCCUUAGGCCGGACGCCGCUUUCAAUGGCAACGGAGAUCGGUGGCGACAUAUCGAUCCAAAUGUUGGGUAACAUUCUUGCAGCCGACCCAUCUAAGGACGACGGAUCACUUCACAAUGCUGCACGGGAGCUCAAUCUAUCCGCUGUCCGAGUUCUUGUGCAGUCUGGCCACGAUCCAGAUUUCCCUAGCCCAUUGCAUGGCGGCCGCAGCGCACUUGGCGAAAUCUGCCUUCGCGGGUCUGACAUUGGCGAACUCACAGCGGACCGAGAGAAGUUGAUGCAAAAGGUCAUGUCUUUCCUCGUCGAUUCUGAUUCGGACAUCACCAUCAAAUCGCAUGGCAAAUCCCUGUUGCUACUUUGCCUCCAAGCCUUUGAUGCCGUGACUACGACACGCUGCUUUUUGAAGGUGGCCAUGUGGAAGCACAUCAACAAGCCGUUUAACCAGUUUGUUGAUGGAGAAUAUACAUACUCGCCGACAAUGUACAUCAUCAAGGUUCUACCAGCUUCCGACACUCGAGAUCAACUCCUCACCCUUCUUCGGGCAAACCGGGCAAUAGAUGUCUAUUACGCCAAUUCGGGAGACCAACCUGAUGACGCCAUCGGUCUCCCCAAAGACAUGGAGAUCCAAGAACGGGAGCGAAAGGCUCGACUCCUUCGCAUUGCGCAGGAGUCUGAGGACCACGCUAUUACGAUUGCGCGACGGAAAGAGGUUGCCAGCGUGGAGCAGCAGAUCUGGGCGCACAGAUCCGAGAUGGAAGAUGCUCGCCGAAACAAACUCCACAACGAGGACAUCUCCGCCGUACGCUCCAAAGCCCAGCUCGAAGAGUCGAUCUUCAACGCCUCGCUGUCAAGGCGCCUGUCGGAACAGCGUGCUCUGACCGACGCGUCCUUGUCGCGCACUAAGGCCAUUGCUUCCACGGAGCUGCAGACCGAGGAGAGCCGACAGAGGAAGAUGCUGGAGUGGGAGACGCGGAUGAACACGGAGCGCGUGGACAACGCCAGGGCCCUGAGUGCUCUCAGAAUCAGCGAGCGGGAGGAAGUCGAGCGCAUCGAGAGGGGCUCGGAGGACCGAAUCAAGAAGAGGCUUGAGGCGCAGAAGAAGCUUGUGGACAGCCAGGAGAAGUUGGCGAAACGAUUAGCGGCGGGUCCGGCGGGAGCGGAUACAAGACGACAGAUUGGCUAUGUGGAGGAGUUGAAUUAAGACUGAUGAUAUCCUGCUUUCUUUUUAGUUGGGCGCUGGGAGUUUGGAAAAAAUCACGAUAUCCAGUUCAUGUUUCUAGGACCAGACUAGGCGACAGAACAAUUUUAGGUAUAGAAAUGAAUCACACUUUAUGU